AUGUCUUUAGUCUCAUUUAAUAUGACAGUGGGUAAUUUUUUGUUGUUUUGCUUUUUUUUCCAAUUUCUAUUAGGAAUAGGAGGCCUGCAAGAUUUUGUGCUAAAGUCUGCAACACUGUCAACGUCUCCAGCUUGUCCACCAUUUACACCUCUCAACUUUGAAGCUACACCUAUUGUGCGAGUAGCUGUUGAACCGAAACAUCCAAGUGAUAUGCCUCAGCUGGUCAGAGGAAUGAAGCUUUUAAACCAAGCUGAUCCAUGUGUCCAAGUUUUAAUCCAGGAGACAGGAGAGCAUGUGCUAGUGACAGCAGGAGAAGUUCAUCUUCAGCGUUGCUUGGAUGACCUGAAAGAAAGGUUUGCAAAGGUACAGAUUAGUGUAUCGGCACCUAUUAUACCAUUCCGAGAAACAAUAACAAGACGUCCAAAAGUUGAUAUGGUGAAUGAAGAAAUAGGAAAACAGCAGAAAGUUGCUGUCAUACACCAAACAAAAGAGGACCAAAAUAAAAUUCCUGAAGGGAUUCAGGUUGAUUCAGAUGGGCUUGUUACAAUAUCUACUCCAAAUAAACAAGCUACUCUCAGCGUAAGAGCAAUGCCGCUUCCUGAGGAGGUAACUCGACUUCUUGAAGAAAACAGUGACUUGAUUAGAACUAUGGAGCAACUCAACACAUCUCUGAAUGAAGAUAAAACCCAUGAGAUAAAUCAGAAGACGCUUGAUAGGAUCAAGGAAUUCAGACAAAAGUUGGAGCAAAAUCUGCAGGGAAGAAAGUGGAGAAAUGCUGUUGAUCAGAUCUGGUCAUUUGGACCACGGAAGUGUGGGCCUAAUAUUUUGUUAUAUAAUUUUGAGGGCUAUAAAAGGUCUGUGUGGCAGUGCCUUGGGAACACUGUGAAAGAAGUAAGUAAAUAUAGAGACUUUGACAACAGCAUAGUAAGUGGAUUUCAGCUGGCUACGCUUUCUGGUCCCAUGUGUGAAGAACCCCUCAUGGGUGUCUGUUUUACAGUGGAAAAAUGGGAAAUGAAUAAAGUUGGAGAGGUGCUGUCAACUAGUAGACAGGAUUCAGGGGAAUGUGAUGGUGUAGAACAUAAACAAAAUGAAGAUACUACUCUAACAAGCAGUUGCAGUGAUGAAGUUUGCAGUGCAAAUGAAUGCCAGGACAACAGCCAAAGUGUUCCAAAAUCACCGGAAAAAAUUAGUAAACAGAAGGGGGAAGUUUUACUUGCAGAUUGUUAUGGUCCCUUCUCUGGACAACUGAUUGCCACCAUGAAGGAAGCUUGUCGUUAUGCUUUGCAAGCAAAACCACAGAGGCUUAUGGCGGCCAUGUACACAUGUGAAAUUAUGGCUACUGCAGAAGUUUUAGGUCGUGUGUAUGCUGUCUUGUCCAAAAGAGAAGGCAGAGUGUUACAAGAGGAGAUGAAAGAGGGGACGGAUGUGUUUAUUAUUAAGGCAGUCCUGCCAGUAGCAGAAAGCUUUGGUUUUGCUGAUGAAAUCAGGAAGAGAACUAGUGGCCUGGCCAGUCCACAGCUGGUGUUCAGCCACUGGGAG